GCGUGGUGAUCUUGCAAUAUGAGCAAAAAGACCAAAGCAACGGCGGCGACGGCGGAGAAGACGUUCCAGUACCAAGAUGAGCUCCCUCCAUUGCCCCUUCCGUCCCUGGAACAGACCAUUGACGCGUACAUCAAGAGUUGCGAACCCAUGCUGUCGGCAUCGGAAUUGGAGCAUACGAAAGGCGUGUGCCACGACUUUCUCCACGGCGUUGGGCCGCAGUUGCAAGCGAUCUUGGAAGAGCGCGCCGGGUCCGAGAAGAAUUGGAUCGAGGAAUGGUGGGAAACCUUCGGGUACAUGAAGCCGCGGUAUCCGUCGGCGAUCAACAUCAACUGGUACGGCGUGGUGCCUGGGAACUGGGGGCCGCGAGAAAUGAGUCAGAGCGAAGCCGCUGCCAUCUUCACCGUUGCCUUGCUGCAAUAUCGCAAGGAAUUCCUCGCGGAAGCAAUUCCGCCCGAGAAAAUGAUGGGCAAACCGCUGUGCAUGUUCCAGUACACGCGUUUCUUCAACUCGUGUGUCAUCCCAGGCGAAGACUGCGACGAGAUCCAAGUCUACGACCACAACCAGCGCCACAUUGUGAUCCUCCGCAACAACUGCAUGUGGGUGUUGGACGUGCUCGACGAGCAAGGCAACGCGUUGUCGGUGCCCGAGUUAGUCAACGCCUUUGAAGCGAUACGCGCCGAAGCCACCGGCCUGUUUGACCUCGAACGCUACCCUCCCGUGAGCGUGUUGACGUCGGAGAACCGCACGAAUUGGGCCAAAGCCCGGGCGUACUUGAUCUCCCUGGACGCAUGCAACAAGGAGUCGCUCGAGAUCAUCGAGAAGGCGCUGUUUGUCGUCGCCUUGGACGAAACCUCCCCCGCCAAUUCCGAGCAAGUCGCGCAAAACUGUCUGUUGGGAGAUGGUCGAAACCGCUGGUACGACAAGCCUGUGGUGUUGGUCGUCCAUGAGAAUGCCCGCACGGGCAUCAACGGCCAGCACGCGUGGGCCGACGCGCUGGUGGUCGUGCGCAUCUUCGCGUACUGCGCCAAGUACGUGAAUGACAACUUCAAGCAGUUCUUUGCGCACAAGACAGUCAUGGGCCCACCCAAGCACACUCCCCGCCGCCUCAAGUGGAAGAUCGACAACAACGCGCUCACCGCCAUCGAGUGUGCGUCCGCCGCCAUCAGCAAACUCAUCCAGGCGAGCGAUCUCUCGACGCUACUGUUUCAGCAUUACGGCCACGCGUUCCUGAAGCGAUACAAGCUGUCCCCAGACUACUUUAUCCAGCAAGCAAUCCAACUGGCCUACUACAAAAUGUACAAGGAGCUCCCAGCGGUGUACGAGACGGCGCACACGCGGCUGUUCUACCAUGGACGCACGGAGACCGUUCGAUCGCUCACGAACGAGUCACUCGCGUUCGUCAAGACGAUGGAGUCGACUGCCGAGGCGUCGGUCAAGUGGGAAGUGCUCCAAACCGCGCUCAAGCGACAUGGCCAAGUGCUCAAGAACAGUCUGCUGGCGCAAGGCGUGGACCGCCACCUCAUGGGGCUGCAGAUCGUGUCGGAGAUGUCUGGCAUCUCGCCGCGGCCGUCGCUGUUCACGGACAAGGCGUUUGAGCUGACGAAGCGGUACCGCAUUAGCACGAGCAACAUCAGCGGCACGGCGGGCGCGAGUCCCAUCUGGGGCGGGUUCUCGGCCAUGUACAAUGACGGGUACGGCGUCUGCUACGCGCUGCAGCCGGAUCGGAUCAACUUCAGCAUCACGGCGUACCACACGGACCCGACCACGAGCGCCGCCACGUUCAAGCGCCACUUGGAAGCCGCGCUGCUGGACAUGGUCGAGCUCUGCCUCAGCCGCAACGUGAUUUACGUGGGCCAGUCCAACUUGUAACCCCAUCAUAAUGAUGAGCCUGCAUAUGUUCGAGCUUUCGUUUCAG